GGCAGCUCCAUCCGUCCAAACGGGAGCUGAGUUUGCAGGCUGACAGGGAUGCAAAGGGCUGGUGGUGCUGAUGUCAGAGCCAGAAGACAGUUGUGAUUGGACCUAAUUAGACUUUGCAGCAGCAAAUAGACAAGCUCCCUGCGUGAUUGGCUUCAAAGUGGCUGGUGCCAAACAACUAGCAGACGAGCCAAAGUAGGAGCCCUGCGUUCGCCGGGAGCCCGGUCCGGAGCGGCCGCCUGGAGGAGGAGGGCAGCGGGGAGGGGGCGCACCUCCCCGCCGAGUCCUGUGGAGGAGCUGCUGCUGGCCGGGGUCCCCCCCCCCCCCCCCGCGAGCUGGGCGAGAACAGCGGGGGGGCAGGAGCGGGAGCCCGAGGCUCGUCCUGAAAAGUGAGCCCGCUCCCGGCCCGCAGGCAUCCGGCAGCGCUGGGCCAGCAGCAAAGGUGAGCUGCUGGGGACCGGGUCCCCCCCGGCUCUGGCGGCUGCGUCUCGGGCCAUGGCCUCGGUCCUGGGCACCAGCAGAGGGGCCGGAGGAGGGCUGAGCGGCCAACUCAAAUGCAAGUCCCAGAGGAGACGACGGCGGUCCAAGAGGAAAGACAAAGUAACCAUGUUGUCAGCCUUCAUCGCUCCCUUCAAGCACUUAAGCCCCGGGGCCACCAACACGGAGGAUGAAGACAAUCUAAGUACCAGCAGCGCGGAUGUGAAGGAAAACCGCGUGAGCAACUGGGAGGCGAGGCCCCUGGCCGCCAGCGACAGGGCCAGAGGCAGCACGCCCGGCGUGAAGCGGAAGAGGCCUCUGGAGGAGGGCAACGGCGGCCACCUGUGCCCCCUGCAGCUCGUCUGGAGGAAGCUCUCGUGGUCCGUGGCGCCCAAGAAUGCGCUGGUGCAGUUGCACGACCUACGCCCGGGCCUGCAGUACCGCAUGGUGUCCCAGACCGGCCCCGUGCACGCGCCCGUCUUCGCCGUGGCCGUGGAGGUCAACGGGCUCACCUUCGAGGGCACGGGGCCCACCAAGAAGAAAGCCAAGAUGCGGGCGGCCGAGCUGGCGCUGAGGUCCUUCGUGCAGUUCCCCAACGCCUGCCAGGCCCAGCUGGCCAUGGGCGGUGGCGCCGGGCCAUCCACGGACUUCACCUCCGACCAGGCCGACUUCCCCGACACGCUGUUCAAGGAGUUCGCGCCCGCCGCCCCCAGCGAGGCCUUCCCCGGCCGCCGGCCCGCCGACCCCGGGCUGCUGGCCACGGCCUGCCCGCGGGGCCGGCUCCUCUGCCACCCGCUGGAUCUGGGGGGCCCUGCGGCCCCGGGCGACAGGAACCCCGUGGUCGUGCUGAACAAGCUGCGCUCCGGCCUGCGCUACGUGUGCCUCGCGGAGCCGGCCGAGAAGCAGCGGGCCAAGAGCUUCAUCAUGGCCGUGUGCGUGGACGGCAGGACGUUCGAGGGCUCAGGACGCAGCAAGAAGCUGGCCAAGGGCCAGGCGGCACGGGCCGCCCUCCAGGCCCUCUUCGACAUCCGGCUGCCGGGCCACGUCCCCAGCAGGAGUAGAGGUCAGCUCCUGCCCCAGGAAUUCGCAGACUCCGUGUCCCAGCUGGUCACACAGAAGUUCCGCGAGCUGACCGUGGGCCUGGCGUCCGCGCACGCCCGCCACAAAGCACUGGCAGGGAUCGUCAUGACCACAGGCUUGGACGUCAGGCAGGCACAGGUCAUCGUCCUGUCCUCAGGCACCAAGUGCAUCAGCGGCGAGCACAUCAAUGACCAGGGGCUGGUGGUCAAUGACUGCCACGCGGAGAUCGUGGCCCGGAGGGCGCUGGUCCACUUCCUGUACGCACAGCUGGAGCUACACCUCAGCAAGCGGCGGGAGGACUCAGAGCACUCGAUAUUCGAACGGUCCAAGGACGGCGGCUACCGGCUGCGGGACAACGUGCUGUUCCAUCUCUACGUGAGCACGUCCCCCUGUGGAGAUGCCAGGCUGCACUCACCCUACGAGAUCACAGCCGACCUCAACAGCAGUAAACACAUCGUCAGGAAGCUCCGUGGACAUCUACGCACCAAGAUCGAGUCUGGGGAAGGGACCGUCCCCGUCCGGGGCCCCAGCACCGUACAGACGUGGGAUGGCGUCCUGCUGGGUGAGCAACUGGUCACCAUGUCCUGCACAGACAAGAUUGCCAGGUGGAAUGUGCUGGGACUGCAGGGCGCGCUGCUCUGCCACUUCAUCGAGCCCGUGUACCUGCACAGCAUCAUUGUGGGGAGUCUGCACCACACCGGCCAUCUCUCCCGGGUGAUGAGCCACCGGACCGAGGACAUCGGCCAGCUGCCGACCUCCUACAGGCACAACCGGCCCCUCCUCAGUGGUGUGAGCCAUGCCGAGGCGCGCCAGCCUGGAAAGUCCCCACACUUCAGCGUGAACUGGGUGGUGGGCAACACCGACGUGGAGGUUAUCGAUGGCACCACAGGCAGGCGGAGCUGCGGGGGCUCCUCGAGGCUCUGCAAGCACGUGUUCUCCGCGCGGUGGGCGCGGCUUUACGGAAAGCUGAGCACACGGAUUCCGAGCCACGGAGACACGCCAUCUGUGUACUGUGAGGCCAAGCGGGGGGCCUGCACCUACCAGUCUGUUAAGCAGCAGCUGUUCAAGGCAUUUCAGAAGGCCGGGCUGGGCACAUGGGUGAGGAAGCCGCCUGAGCAGGACCAGUUCCUACUAACCCUCUGAGCCACCGGACCUGCGGUUCCCGGAGCGGAGUGGGCGCCCGGGCAGGGCGGGGUGAGUGCGCGUGCGUGGGGCGACAGGCGGUGCUCACCGGCUCUUCCUGCUCAUUUCCCCUUGGUGUUCCAGAAGCACAUGCGUGGCCAACGUUCGACGGGCAGCUAGACUCAAACCGGGAGCGUACUGCUCCCACGUUGUCAGAAGCCAGGUGGCCCCCCGACCUAGAGGCGCAGGUGCAGCCAACUCUUCCUGGUGUGUCAAAGGGAAAGCUUCCGUUCAGGCUAAAGGGUCUGAGGUGCAGCCUUGAACAGCGGAGCCGAGGGCUGCGGCUGGAAACGAGCCUCGGGCACCGUUCCCUGGGUCUUCCUCCCCGCCACGCGCCUCGGGCAACGCGUCUGGUUCUCUCUAGCACAAGCUGACACGAUACUUCAGGAUAAGCCACAAUGAAGAGAAAAGCCAUGGGCUCCUCUCCAAAGAAGCCAACAGAAAGCUCUACCACCCUCAUUACUCACUUAAGUUUUAACUCCACCUCCUUUCACAGCAGAUUCAAGAUGUGCAAUACUGAAGAACCCCUAAGCCAGGACCAGAGAAAUGAAGUCCACUCUUGCAGAGCGAAGGAACAGGGCCCACAGCACCCGUGAGCAGAGAUGUAGGACGUGGGCAGACUGAACUUCCAGAACUGUGUGCCACAGACCACCCCUGUACCUGGACUGGUCCCCACCGGUCCCCACCAGUCCUCAACAGUCCCCACUGGUCCCCACCAUCCACACCCAGACCAGUCCCCACCAGUCCCCACUGGUCCCCACCAGCCACACCCGGACCAGUCCCCACUGGUCCUCCCCAGUCCCCACCAGCCACACCUGGACCACAGUCUCUGUGACAGGUGCCCACAGCUGCUGGCAAUGUUUGAGCUGUUACGGGUUAACUACCCCACAAGCCCCUCACCAGGUCACAAGGACACCAAGUCUUGGACCACUCCCUGACUUUUAACUAAAUUUUUAUUAGAGAGUGAGCAAAGAAAAAACAUCCAGAGCAACCUUUACUUAGAGCUUGAGAAGUAUCAGCUCUCUAUUGCUUUGGGUCCCCUGAUCACCAUCUUGCAUGACCAAAAAAAAAAAAAAAAAAAAUCACAUAAUGCAGCUGCUGAAAUGCAAGAGGCAGGAUUCUGUCCCCUUCAUGGCAGGUGCCAAACAACCAGACCAUUUGGGAUUUAGCCUGUGGCACCCUUCUUAAGAGUCAGGGCGAGGCCACAUGGCCUGUCCACACCAGAGGGAGGCAUUUCUCUUACACACCUUCGUUCCAUCCAGGUACCUUGAAUUGUUCCACUCUGACCACUAAGGACUCAUUUCUAACAUCCAACAUGCUACCUAACAGGCCUCUAAUUUCUCCAACAGAAGAUCCACAUCUGCAAGUCACUGUGGCAAACAGCAAAGCUUCACAGUAGCCAGCGCUGGGCAUGGGCCUCCUGGUUAGAAUCCCAGCUGGCCACCCAUGGGCGCACACCCUGAAAACACAGGAUUGCCCCAUAACGCAAGAAAUGUGAGCACAACAUCAUGCAGUAGAUACUCAAGUACAGAUUGCAGAUCUAACAGCGAGGCAAAAAUGAAACAAAAUAUGUUUUAGAGACUUGUUAUGGGCUAACAAGUAGAGGUGUUAGUAUGGAAGCAAACUCUCUCUAGGACUUAAUAUAGAGUCAGACCCAUUGUUCAAGUUCUUCCAGAAAAGGAAAUGGCCACUGAGUGCACAAGUUCCUCAAGACAAAGUUUUGAAAGAUAUGAAAAUGUUUUUGCAAACAUAAGACGCAUACCAAUCUUUCAUAAAAGUUGAGGAAAUAACAAUGAAAUGUUAACUCAGUAUAAAAGCUAUAGUCAAAUUGCCACUUUACAUUAGUUUCUGAUAGUCUGACAUGUCACCAGGAGGAAGCCUAGGGACCCAGAAACCCAGAGCUGACUUAUGACUUAGACUCUGACUCGCCCUUCUCCGGAGCCCUCCUCUGAAAGGAAGGAGGCGCGCUCGAGUCCUGGAGGAAACCUGUGUCCUGAACCUUCCAUUACUGACAUUCUGAGCUGUUGCUUUAUAUCAACGUGCUCCAAAUAAUGGUCCUUCCACCCAGAGGAGCCAACAGCAGCAGCAGGAGCCAGAGGACAGACGCCAGACAGAUCCAUCCACAAACCACACAGCGGGUUCCACCAGGAGAUCUGACCCCGGCGACUUGGGUGGCGCUCAGCUCGCUAAUAACAGACACUCCCAUAAGGGCCGAACUGUGGCUAUCCGGUCACCAUUCAUUUCGUCUGAGACACUGGCUCUCCAGAAGCGUCACUAAAAUAUAAGUAUCUCCUUCUGGAGAAAGCCAGACCUCAGCGCCAGCAUAGGACUCGUCCAUCAGGCCAGAGGGGACAUCCUGCGGGGAGAGGAGAUGGCUCCACAGAGGAGAUUGACAGCGGCAGAGGCAUUGGCACGGCAGCAGGAAGCCCCGAGCGAGAGCCUGAGCAUGGUGCGAGGUGCAUGUCCAGGAAUGGGGACGGACAGGGCCACGGAGAGGAGGCGCCGGCCCAGGCUCUGGGCGCACAAGGGGGUGGGGGGAAGGCAGGAGAGCAGGGCUGACCAGAAGGCUGGCCCGGCCAACGGGAGGCCAGUCACAGGGUUCUGCUGUGGCACCUGCUUAAGGCUGGAGGGAUGGGCAGCACCAGCCUGGAGAUGAGGCGGCCUGCGGAUUUCGCUCUGCACUUCAAAGUCCAUGAGAACACCCAACACCACUUUGGGUCAGAGGCCAGGCCAAUGCCGCGGUGUCAAUGGUGAGUCACAGCCUGGGGAGGAGCCCGCAGACACCUCGCCACCUUGGGCUUCCGAACCGAAAACAGAGCUCAGGUAUGUGAUGUGUGACCUUCAGGCGCCCCAAGGCCACGGAGCAGUGUCAGGGGCCUGCUGGCAUCUAGGCCUGUCUGAAUGCGCCUCACGGCCGCUGGCUCAGAGUCCUCUGUUCUCCAACUACUGCACCUGCGACUCCGGUCCAAAUAAAGGCAACACCACCUCUGUCAGCCUCCAAAGCCCACGCUGCAUUCCUGGCAGGGAGGUCAGCAAAGGAAGGCUUCCUGUCUGGCUCUCAGCCACAAAGUCAGUAUCUGCAAGCAUUUCCAUGGGACUACGUCCAAGGGGGAAGGUCACUGGGUCACAGAGCCCUGGCUGUCCAUUCCUAGCACGUGGUCAGGAAGGUCACCCAGUCACGGAGCCCCGCCUGUCCAUUCCUAGCACGUGGUCAAGAAGGUCACCCAGUCACGGAGCCCCGCCUGUCCAUUCCUAGCACAUGGCUUCACUGCAAGGUACUGACUGGAUCUAGGGUUUCUUUGGUUUUUCUUUUUGCCACAAGGAAAGGAUUUGCAGGUCUAGAAGUAUUGUUUCUUUUUAUACUUGCGGGUCUUUUCAGGUCUGUAUAUACCUAUCAUGUCACUACUGAGUUUGUGAGUCUUGCUGUUCCUCAGAAACGUCAAGUUUUUCCCAUAUAGUUUCUCAUAUGAUUUCCUUUUCACAGGAAGCUGUCUUAUCAAUACGGUCAAAUGGCUGUUUUGGGUUUGAUUUUUGUUUUUUGUUUGUUUGAGGUUUUUUUGCUAUAGUGUUUACCAUGUCUGGAGAGCCAUAAACAGUAAAUACAUGGUAUAUCAAUGCCCAGAAUAGAAUAGAGUAUUUUGAUGAAACACUAUUUUUAGAUUAUAAAUUUCAAGAUGUAUCUAUAGUAUCUUGUUUUAAAAAAUUUAAAAAGACAUUUGAAACUUAGACAUUUAUAAUUUAGGGAAACUUCUAUAACCAUUUUUUAAGAAGCCAUUCUAAUAAAAUCAUCUAAUUGGCCCAAACACAAUAAAUAUCUCUUUCUAAUAAAGACCAAAGGGAAGUCAGGACAAGGCUGUUUUCACAUACCGCCCCUUGAUGCCACAACCGCCUCAGGGGACAGAGGUUUCACCCGACACGAAGCAAACCAGUGUCCCUUUGCUGGCUCCUCUGCCACCCCCACCCCUCAGUAGAGUCUGUGGAGUCAUAACCCAGCCAGGGUCAGGAAGGUCCGCUGUCUGCACUCCUGGACAGGCUGUCCAGCUUUGAGUUCUUACGGAGCUCACGGAGAAAGUGAAAAUUUAAAGCUCUGUGUUUCAGGAAAGGCUUUUGGGGGACUAACCCACCCCUGUGAGGCCCCCCUGGUGUUCUGCGCCCUCCCAGACACCGGUGGGAGUGGGAUACCCAGAGGGCAGGAGGGAGGAGGGCAGGGCUGGGGCACACUCGCCGGUGCUGUCCGUGGUGCUGCCCAAAGGGCUGUUCCCAGCAAUGCGGGAUCUUGUUGGCUCCCGUCAAACUUCUCCCACAAAUUCUGAUUCACAUAAAGGGAAGGAUUGGGGGGCUGGGGGUGAAGAAGGGUGCAAAAGAUGCAGGUUAUCCAGAGGCGGCCCAGAACAGAGGAGCACCUCCCCGUUCUGGGAGACCAGAGAUUCGAGACCAGACCUAUCUCCACCUCUUAUCCUCCCAACAGAGCACCUCCGCUUUCUCCCUCACAUUUCCCUCCCCCUCCCCUUCCUCCUCCCUGUUUUAGUGCCUGCUCUCCCUACCCUAGACCUGUGAUUCCUGGUGCAGCUGAGCUCCAGACCUCAGGCUGUCCACCCCCCCUGAGCUCCACGGCGCUGACCUGUGCAUCAGACUGACGCCAAGGCACGUCCGGGGGCGGAGGGUCUACUGGAGUCCUUUCUUGGACUCCUGCAACACGUCCAUUAGUCCGAACUGCCACCAAAGGGUCACUGACGGCCGAGUCUCUAGAAAGUUAGACCAAACAGCAGCACCUGCAGGGAACUACAGACAGUGUUGGCCCCGGAGAAAGAAAUUCCUUAUUUCCCAACUCAUUUCAAAAUCAAAGUUGCAGGGAUGAAACACUCUCUAAAGAUAAAGGUAAAAUGAUCUGGGUUCAAUGGCCUCUUUUCAUACAGGCACUGGAUCUUACCAUUCUGCCCUAUGUGCAUCGAUAACAAACAAACACAAACACUUUCCCAGCAGUGCCCACUUAAUUUUCAGCUAAUUUUCAGCAUUUUGUAAGCAAAUGAACUUAAUAAAUAGUAAUUCUUAAGCAAAGGUAUGUACAUAAAAAGCAUGGGUGAAUGGCAAUAUUGGAUGUACAUUUGUAAUAUUUGUAAAAAAAACAAAAACAAAAAAACAAACCUCCAAAACCUUAAAGUAUUAAUUUACACGUUAAUUUGCUUCUAAGUGCUGGAAACUGCACUUCAGUGAUAUCUGAUAAGUGAAUGUUUCUGUUAAGUGAAUAAAAACAUCGAGUAAAGUUGUGCU